AUGGAUUUUUUCCCCUUUCUAACCUGGAUCAAAACCUACGAUGUCAAAUCAGCGCCUUUGCGUGAUUUCAUGGGAUCUCUUCUGUUGGCUGCGCUGUUUAUCCCACAAGGUAUUGCAAAUGGCUUACUAACAUCAGAUGUAUUUUCUGGAAUGUUCUCCAUUCUCUUACCUAAUCUCAUUUAUCCAUUUCUUGGCUCCUCUCGACAUUGUACACUAGGGUCACUUUCAAUGACGUCAUUUUUGAUAUAUUCUUCCAGCAGAAAUUCCGGAUCUUCCAUAUCGACCAUAACUCUGUGGUGUGGUAUAUUCCAGCUGCUACAUUUUUUCUUUCCGCUGGAUUUCCUUCUCCAUUUCGUCUCUUCUAAUCUGCUACUGGGCUUCAGUGCAGGAGUUGCAACGAGGAUAGCUCUGCAGCUGAUUCCUACUAUCUUCAACUUUUCUCCAGAUGAAUGUGGACAGAUUUUCUCCACCAUGGUAGGUCAAAUCUCGUAUUAUAAAACCCAUAUCUGA